GCGUGUCCUGCGUUGCGUAUAAUCUGACUGAGCACACAAGUAUCUAAGUAUCUGACUGAGCGGUGGUAGGCAGAAGCAGGCGCAUAAGCAUAAACAUCAUUCAAACAGCAUUUCUUUGCGUUUUGCCAGCAGCUCUUCGUUGUGCGUCAAGCAUUGCGCUGUUUAUGACUUCAAGCCUAUCAACUCCCGAGAUGAGGCUGGUGUGACCGAAGUGAAAUGGCUAGCUAGUGAGCGCGCUAAUAGCGUUUCAAACGUCACUCGCUCGUAGUUCUUUGACUUUGUGCGAUUAAUUUACCAGCUAUGAAACAAAACGGCAGAAAUACUCUGAAAACAGCUGCUGCACCAUUUAUUUAACUAUACAUGUGAUCAUACUUGACAUUUUUUUAAAUUCACAAAUGCGAGUGAAAUGCUCGCCCUGUGGAGCCAUGACAAACCGUCAACAUGGCUGGUGAAAUAGACAUCUGGUGAAAGGGUCACUUUAAUGUUACUAACUCCCAACGCCAGCAGCUAACUUUCACUUUCACUCACCAAUAUUUAAAGGUCCAACGCCAGAAACAGAAUGAUCUUGUUAACAUUCACCCGCUGAGAAUGAACACUUACCUAAUUAUUUUAUGCGUGCUGUCUGAAGCCGUCUCUGCCAACGUCGUAGCUAGAGGAGACACCAGUGUUGACUUCAAUGCCGACGCAUCAUAUACCUGCACUCAUGCGGACCCGACAGGUGUGCUGCAAGUCACCUGGCAGAGGCUGUUCAAAGACGACUCGGUGGAGAAUCUGGCCACCUACAGCAAGCGGUUUGGAGCUCAAAUCAUAGACCCGCACCGAGGCAAGGUGGUUUUCACGGAGGCAUCUCUCAACUCAACGUCUAUUACCGUGAAGAACGUAACAUGGUCGGACGACGCCUGCUAUAUUUGUUCCUUUAAUGUUUACCCGAGUGGUUCAAUAAGCAAGCAGAUUUGUCUUACCGUUCAAGGUUUAUCUGAAGUGAGAGCCACAAUGCAAAAAGUCCCCAGCACUGAACCUAAAGCAGACAUGGAAGUUGUGGUCAGCUGCUCUGCCACAGGUAAACCAGCACCUUGGAUCCAAUGGAACGUAUCUGCUGCAGCACUCAUAAAGACACCUAACAACUGGACUGUCAUUAACAAAGACCAAACUGUCACAGCCAAUAGCAACAUCACCCUCCAACUGUUGCCAGGCUCAGGGGGAUACGUGGACUGUAUCAUAAACAAUGGGAUGAGGACACAGAGACACGAGCGGGUCCUGCUUCCUAUUCUCCCUGGAGAGAGGGAGGUUGAAGAGGAUGACAAGAGGACAUCCCCGUGGGCGGUUGGCAUUCCAGUGUUCCUAAUCAUCUCCCUUUUAGUCAUCUGCGGCAGUGUCAUGCUUCAACAGAGAAAAGGUUACAGGCAAGCAGCAACCACAGCAGACGAGCAGGACGCUUUUGGGGAAAGUGUGUAAAUGUUUGUCUGUGUUGAUUGCUAUACUUGUGUACUUUAGCUGACAGAGGUUUUUAUUGAGCAUCGGAGCGCUGUUGGUAUUAAGAGU